AUGUUGUCCACCACUUUCAAAUCCUCUCUUCUCAAAUCAUCCCUCAAUUUCAAUCAAUUGAUCUCAAAGAGAUUUUUAAGUGUUCACGAAUAUCGUUCUGCUGCCUUAUUAAGAAAGUAUGGUGUUCCUACUCCCGUUGGCGAUGCUGCUUUCACCCCUGAAGAGGCAUUUGAAAUUGCUUCCAAAAUCAAAUCUGAUGGUAUUGUUAUAAAAGCUCAAUCUUUAACUGGAGGCAGAGGUAAAGGUUAUUUGACUUCUGGCUUGAAAUCUGGUGUUCAUAUUGUUGAAUCUCCCACUCAAAUUAAAGACUUGGCUUCUCAAAUGUUAGGCUUCAAAAUAGUCACAAAACAAACUGGCGAGGCUGGUAGAUUGGUUUCAGCCGUUUACGUUGUUGAAAAGGCCUCUGCUGCCAAAGAGGCCUAUCUAUCUAUCAUUUUAGACAGAGCCAACCAAGCUCCUUUAAUUGUUGCCUCUGCUCAAGGUGGUAUGGAUAUCGAAGGUGUUGCUGCAAAAGAUCCAAGCGCUAUAAAGACUUUUUUGAUCGACUUGAAAAAGGGUGUUGAUAACAAUUUAGCUUUAAAAAUUGCCUCUGUUUUAGGCUUUGACAAACAAGCCUUACCAGAAGCUGCUAAAACCAUUCAAAACCUAUACAAUUGUUUUAUUUCAACUGAUUCAACCCAAAUUGAAAUCAACCCUCUUAGUGAAACUCCUGAUCAUAAAGUCUUAGCAAUGGAUGCUAAGUUGGCCUUUGAUAACUCUGCAGAAUUUAGACAAAAGGAUAUCUUUUCUUGGAGAGAUUUCACUCAAGAAGAUCCCGAUGAAGUCGAAGCCUCAAAAUUCGGUUUGAAUUUCAUUAAAUUAAAUGGUAACAUUGGUUGUUUAGUCAACGGUGCCGGUUUAGCAAUGGCUACCAUGGAUAUCAUCAAAUUAUACGGUGGUGAUCCAGCAAACUUCCUCGAUGUCGGUGGUGGUGCAACUCCAGAAACAAUUGAAAAGGCCUUUUCUUUAAUUCUAUCUGAAAAAUCUGUUAAAGCUAUUUUUGUCAAUAUCUUUGGCGGUAUCGUCAGAUGUGACUAUGUCGCUGAAGGUUUAAUUGCUGCAACUAAAAACUUGGGUGUAAAAGUCCCAAUCAUUGUUAGAUUACAAGGUACCAACCUACAAAAAGCUAAAGACUUAAUCGAUUCUUCUGGUUUGAAAAUCUAUUCAUUUGAUGGUCUUGAUGAAGCUGCUAAAAACGCUGUCAAAUUAGCUUUAUAA